AUGACUCACUGCGCUGGCUUGACGCAAGUGCAGCAGCAGCUCACACAAACUUGGUCCACGCUGAACUACCGCAUCGAGUAUGGUGGCUACCUGUCCAACCACCUGCUACACGGCGUUGUGGCUCUCUUCGACCUCGGCGCGAGUGAAGAAAAGAUCGAAGAUUUUGCCGAAUCCUACUCGGCCAAAUUGGAAAAGGAAGAGCCCAACCACCAAGAUGUGACGAAGCCAGACAUUCGCGCAAAGCUCUUACAGGAGUCAAAACUGACGAUCGAGAGUGCGCACCAUCUACUCGGCAAGCGCCAGAAUUUUGACGGACUGCUUGCAUUGUAUGCCGCUGAGGUGCAAGAGUUGGGGGUCGACACAGCUGUUAAGAAACACUUGCCCGAUCUUGUCGGUGGACUAGCUGGAGCGUUACUCCACUCGAUCAUCCAGCUCGGCUAUGCCUACCACAUUGGUGGCGAGCGUCUUGUGGCCGAAGGGCUGACGUACAUGCAUUACGCUUACCUUUCGUUUGACGAGCCGCAACAGACAAACGGCAAGGAAAAUAUACCGUUUUCGCGUGGAGAAGCGAUGCAGCUAGUGCGAAUGCUAAAUGGUAAUGAGUUGCUGCUGAGCGAAAUGCAUCGCAAGCUGCAAAUGAAGCCUCUGGCUGAUCUGGAAAUUGGUGGCAUCCAAAAGAGGUUGAGUACGUUGUCGGGCGACCCAGAACGAGGCAGCAGCGUAGCGUUCAACCUGAUCUGGGACUCGAUCAAUGCGUUCGACCUGUCAAAAAUGAACGGGGUGUUCGCUUUGGACGUGGCGUUCUGGCUGUACAUGAUGAUCGAGCACAAUGAUUUCGUUAUUCUUCACGCUGUGACGUCGGCGUGGGCUCUGCAGCAGGUUGAGCAUCUACUCGAACCGAAGGAUCAUGCACGCGCGUGGAAGGUGUGGCUGCACGUAGCGCUAUCAGCGUUUGUUACCUGCAAGAUUAAAGAUGUUUUGACUUCGGACGUGUGCGGCCAGCAGCAGCUGGAAGAGCUCGUCGGACUGGAACCAUGGAGGCAGAUUAUUGCAAAGACUUUAGGCCUCGCAGAGGAAGGACUGCUAGAGCGCGACCUAGCUCACGCCUACAAGCUCGUACAAGUGGCUCACAGCCACGCAAAAAUUAAAGACCAUGGAUUCCUGUCCGCUGAGGAGCGCGACUUCGUGGCCCGCAAAAGCGCGCUCAAGGUGAUUUCGUGCGAAUUUGGUCCACUGCAACUGAACUGA